GGUCAGAUCCAUUUAAUAGAAGAAGUUGAGAGUGUGAACUCUGUUGUUAUAUCUAAGAAGUGAACUGUUAACUUGUUAAGUUAUCAGCCAGACAUUGUAUACAGUAUGGGAAAAGAGAAGACUCACGUUAAUGUGGUGAUAAUUGGCCAUGUGGACAGCGGAAAGUCCACCACCACCGGCCACCUUGUUUACAAAUGUGGAGGCAUCGACCAGAGGAGACUGGAGAAGUUCGAGAAAGCUGCUGCACAGAUGGGGAAGAGUUCUUUCAAGUUUGCUUGGGUGUUGGACAAGCUGAAGGCUGAGCGUGAGCGAGGAAUCACUAUUGACAUCUCCCUGCUAAAAUUUAACACUCAAAAAUACACCAUGACGAUCAUUGAUGCUCCUGGGCACCGUGACUUCAUCAAAAAUAUGAUAACAGGGACAUCACAGGCCGAUGUUGCCCUCCUGGUGGUCUCGGCAGCCAAGGGAGAGUUUGAAGCUGGUGUGUCAAGGAGCGGUCAGACCAGAGAACACGCCUUACUGGCUUACACUUUAGGUGUAAAGCAGAUCAUAGUCUGUGUGAACAAAAUGGACCUGACCGAGCCACCGUACAGCCAGAAACGCUAUGACGAAGUGGUGCGGGGCGUGAGCAGCUUCCUCAAGAAGAUUGGCUACGACCCAGCAACAGUGCCAUUUGUUCCAAUUUCAGGCUGGACUGGGGAGAACAUGAUCACCGCAACUCAGAGGAUGCCGUGGUUCCAAGGCUGGAAGUUGAGACGACGGGAGGGAAAUGCAAGCGGCAGAACUCUACUAGAAGUCCUGGACUCAAUACAACCACCAAUUCGCACUAUUAACAAGCCUCUACGAUUACCUCUGCAGGAUGUCUACAAAAUUGGAGGAGUUGGGACUGUCCCAGUGGGUAAAAUUGAAACAGGAGUCCUCAAACCUGGCAUGACCCUGAUGUUCUCCCCAGCCAAGCUCACAGCAGAGGUGAAGUCUAUCGAGAUGCACCACCAGGGCCUGCAGACAGCUCUGCCAGGACACAACGUAGGCUUCAACAUCAAGAAUGUAGCUGUAAAGAACCUGCGGCGAGGGGAUGUGGCCGGCAAUGCCCAGCAGGAUCCCCCGUCAGACGUCAGCAGCUUUGAGGCACAGGUGAUCAUCCUGAAUCAUCCAGGGAAGCUAAAAACAGGUUACUCCCCUGUCCUGGACUGCCACACAGCGCAUGUCACCUGUCGCUUUGCUGAGCUGAAGGAGAAGCUUGACCGCCGCACAGGGAAGAAGCUGGAGGAUCAUCCACAGGUUCUGAUGUCAGGAGAUGCUGCCACAGUCAAGCUGGUUCCAAUCAAGCCCAUGUGUGUGGAGAGCUUCUUCACAUACCCUCCUCUAGGUCGCUUUGCAGCAAGAGACCUGAAGCAGACUGUUGCAGUUGGGGUCAUCAAGUCGGUGGAGAAGGACCAAGGGUCAAAAAAAGCUCAAGUGUGUAAAUAAGUUUUUGUUGUAUCUUACCAGUUUUCUGGUAUGACUGCUUUGAACAGUGUUUUAAUUUGUGUUUUGACACAAAGUAUUUAUGUUGUAAAAGAUAAUUCCUGUGUUAAUAUUUAAAAUCCAAAAAGGGGCAGAAUUGGUGAACUUUGGUUUACAUGUGUAAUGACAUUAAAGGUUAUUUGGAAAACUUUAAAUUGAAAGUGUCUUGAAUAACUGGUCGGUUAAGUUUUAAGGUGUUUAUUCCCGAAAUGUAAAAUCCAAAAGGAUUGUGUGAACUUUUGAGUUUGAGAAUUCUUGAGCAAAUAAAAUAUUAAACGAC